AAAAGGAUUUAAUGGAAAAAGAGGAAGGAAGAAAGAAGAAAAGAAAGAGAAAGGAAAUAUGAGGAGGAAGUGCUAGGUGCGAGGUGCGAGGUGCGAGGUGCGAGUAGUGGAGCAAAAGGCGGGUGUGUGAGAUGCAGUUCCGAAGCGACAACCUUAGGAAUCUCGAUCGCUGAAAAAACCUAGGCACUCUGCAAUUGCAUUCCUCUUCCUUAAAUUCUCUCUCUCUGCUCCAAACUAUUCACCCUUCUCACUUCUCUCGCCUUCGCUAUUUGCCUAUGAAAUCCGAUUCUUCGCCACCGCCACACUCAUAAUAAGCUUCUCUUUUCCAAAUAAAGGGAAUGGCGACUCCUGUUGAGCCUCCAAAUGGGAUCAGAACUGAAGGGAAGCAUUAUUUUUCCAUGUGGCAAACCCUGUUUGAGAUUGAUUCAAAGUACGUGCCCAUCAAGCCCAUUGGUCGUGGAGCCUAUGGGAUUGUGUGCUCUUCUGUGAACAGAGAAACCAAUGAGAAGGUUGCAAUCAAGAAGAUUCAGAAUGCCUUUGAGAAUCGGAUCGAUGCGCUCAGGACUUUGCGCGAGCUCAAGCUUCUUCGCCACCUUCACCAUGACAAUGUCAUUGCUUUGAAGGACAUCAUGAUGCCUGUUCAUAGGAGUAGCUUCAAGGAUGUCUAUCUGGUUUAUGAACUCAUGGACACGGAUUUGCAUCAGAUUAUUAAGUCUUCUCAAACACUGUCUAAUGAUCACUGCCAAUAUUUCCUCUUUCAGUUGCUCCGGGGCUUGAAAUAUCUUCACUCAGCUAACAUCCUUCAUCGUGACUUGAAACCUGGGAAUCUUCUAAUCAAUGCAAAUUGUGACCUAAAAAUAUGUGAUUUCGGGCUAGCACGUACUAACUGCAGCAAGAACCAGUUCAUGACCGAGUAUGUGGUCACUCGGUGGUAUAGGGCACCGGAGCUCCUACUCUGCUGUGACAACUAUGGGACAUCGAUUGAUGUUUGGUCAGUUGGAUGCAUCUUUGCGGAGCUUCUUGGACGAAAACCUAUUUUCCCUGGUUCAGAGUGUCUCAACCAGCUGAAAUUGAUUAUCAAUAUCCUUGGUAGUCAAAGGGAGGAGGAUAUUGAAUUCAUUGAUAACCCAAAGGCAAAGAAGUAUAUCAAAUCACUUCCUUAUUCUCCUGGAACCCCCUUUUCUCGACUUUAUCCCAAUGCGCAUCCAUUGGCAAUUGAUCUUCUGGCAAAGAUGCUUGUUUUCGAUCCGACAAAGAGGAUUAGUGUCACUGAAGCGCUUCAGCACCCUUUCAUGUCCCCUCUCUAUGAUCCUAACACUGACCCUCCAGCUGUCAUUCCAAUUGAUCUUGACAUUGAAGAGGAUCUAGGUGAAGGGAUGAUAAGGGAGAUGAUGUGGAAAGAAAUGCUUCAUUACCAUCCAGAAUCUGUUAUGGAGAAUGCGGGGUUGUGCUCAUGAUGUUUUUUUCUUCCUUUUAUGGCUAUGUUCCCUUUUGUUGGUGCCAACUUAGUUCUAAUAUCAUAACUCCUUCAAAUAAUUAGGACUUUGUCAUCGGUGAGCUCAUUAUCUAUUCUGUUUUCUAUUUAUUGAAAGCAGAGAAAAACAGCAAAAAGAUGAUCAUAAAAAAGUAUGUUAUUGCUGAUGAUGCAUUAUAGUCUUUAACCGCCAUGUUCAGAGAUUUAUUUUGUACUGAACUCAGUAUUGUAGUUGCUUCGUUUUGUUGUACAUAAACAUGUUCCUGUGUCUUUCAUAAACCAUUUUGUAAAUUAAGUCUAAUGUUUAUCAAUAAUGUAUUAUUGUUUGAAUUUUGAA